ACCAGUAGCUCUGGUUCUGCCGUCCCGGGCGUUCACACACACCUUCACCUGCACAGACUUGAAAGUCCAGUUUCACCAGAGAGACUGAGGCACCAGGAAAAGGGGAGAGAGUUCAUUGGAUCAAACAUGUCACAAGAGACGGACAAUAACAAGCGACUUGUGGCCUUAGUGCCAAAUGACGCUUCAUUCAACACCAGACGAGCCUACACCAGCGAAGAUGAAGCCUGGAAGUCGUAUCUGGAGAAUCCCCUAACAGCAGCUACCAAGGCUAUGAUGAGCAUAAAUGGUGAUGAAGACAGUGCUGCUGCUCUUGGCCUAUUGUAUGACUAUUAUAAAGUUCCCAGAGAUAAAAGGCUGCUGUCUGUUAACAAAGUGAGUGAUAAUCAAGAAGACCAAGAUAAAAGAAAUUGUCUUAAUACCACUGAAGCUCAGAGUAAUUUGAGUGGGGGCGAGAACCGUGUGCAAGUCCUGAAGACAGUGCCUGUUAACCUUUCCUUAAAUCAAGAUCCUUUGGAGUCCUCCAAAAGGGAAUACAACGCAAAUGUAUCUGGGAGCUCGACGCCAAUUACAGGGACUGGAGUGACUGUGGUAAAAGCAGAGGAGUUCACCCCUGUUUUUAUGACCCCACAAGCACACUAUGCAAGGGGAGAAAAUGAGGAGCAUCGAGGGGUUAUCUUUGAACCUUACGAAGUGUCCAACAUUGCACCUCACACAAAUUAUCUCAAAGAUGACCAGCGUAGUACUCCUGACAGUACAUACAGUGACACCUUCAAAGAUGGAGGAACAGAGAAGUAUCGCAGUGUGUCAGUGGGGGCUGAAGAAUAUAUUUACGAACAAACCAGCACUUUUCAGUAUACACUAGAAGCUACCAAAUCUCUGCGUCAAAAGCAAGGGGAAGGGCCAAUGACCUAUUUAAACAAAGGACAGUUCUACGCCAUUACCCUGAGUGAGACGGGUGACAACAAAUGCUUCCGGCAUCCGAUCAGCAAAGUCAGGAGUGUGGUCAUGGUUGUUUUCAGUGAGGAUAAAAACAGAGAUGAACAGCUGAAAUAUUGGAAAUACUGGCAUUCUCGGCAGCACACAGCUAAACAGAGGGUCCUUGACAUUGCUGAUUACAAGGAGAGUUUUAACACCAUUGGGAAUAUUGAAGAAAUUGCCUUCAAUGCUGUGUCCUUUACUUGGGAUGUCAAUGAGGAGGCAAAGAUUUUCAUCACAGUGAAUUGCCUGAGCACGGAUUUCUCCUCACAAAAAGGAGUAAAGGGGCUUCCUUUGAUGAUUCAGAUAGAUACGUACAGCUACAACAAUCGCAGCAAUAAACCCAUCCACCGAGCCUACUGCCAGAUCAAAGUUUUUUGUGACAAGGGAGCGGAAAGGAAAAUCCGAGAUGAAGAGAGGAAGCAGAACAGGAAGAAAGGCAAAGGCCAGGCAUCGCAAGCCCCAUGUAGUAACUCAGCUGAAGGGAAGCUGAGCGCUCUUCCUCUGCAAAAAAAGAGUGAUAUCACCUUCUUCAAAACGAUGACUGACCUGGAUUCCCAGCCAGUUCUCUUCAUACCAGAUGUUCAUUUUGGAAACCUGCAAAGAACUGGACAGGUUUACUAUAAUACAGAUGAUGAAAGAGAAGGUAGCAGUGUCCUGGUCAAAAGGAUGUUCCGGCCUGUGGAGGAGGAGUUUGGCCCAUCGCCUUUGAAGCAAAUGAAAGAAGAAGGCCUGAAAAGAGUGCUUUUGUAUGUGAGGAAGGAGACAGAUGAGGUGUUUGAUGCUUUGAUGCUGAAAUCACCCACAGUAAAGGGGCUAAUGGAAGCAAUCUCUGAGAAAUAUGGGCUGCCAGUCGAAAAGAUUGCAAAACUUUAUAAGAAGAGCAAAAAGGGUAUCUUGGUAAACAUGGAUGACAACAUUAUUGAGCACUACUCCAAUGAGGACACGUUCAUCCUGCACAUGGAAAGCAUGGUCGAAGGCUUCAAGAUCACACUGACUGAGAUCUAGCCUCAGGCAGAGACCUUCUAUAAGGAACCACAGCAUUUCAUCCUUAUUGGAAAGCAGAAGAUUCCCCAGGAACUUGACAGACAUUGAUCAGAGAAACUGUUACAGGACUGCUUUGAAAACAGUGUCCAUUCUGCACAUGCACACCCACUGCAUACAGACUUGGGUUUGUCAAGCACAAGGCCACUCAUGUUAACCUGGACCCUUAUUUAUUGUUCCCCACUCUCUAGUGUACAAGCAGUUACCAGCCCCCAGGUUUGUAACCAGAUGACCCACUGCAAAUGUGAAAUGCAGCAUUUUAAUCCAUGCUUUAUUGUGGAUAAGCUCAUUCUAAAACAUGUUAAGGCACCAUGCUGGUCCCGCUUGAGAAAUCGGGUAUAAAUCACUUUAACAGUAGUUCUUUUCACCAUUGCUAAAAAACUGGUGCAGUGCUAAAGAUGGGGAAGGUGGCUGACAGUUCACUUGCUCAGACUGAUUCAUAUCUCUCCAUAGUGUAUAGUCUUGCCAAAUACCUCUGGUAGUUCUCAGCAUGUAGCAAUGAGGACUUGUAAGUAAGUAAGGCAUUCAGCUAAAAAUGUCAUUUGUAAGUAAAUGGUAAAGAAACCAUUUUAACCUUGUAUAUAAUGUUUAUAAUAUGCGAUAAUAUAUUUUAACUACUGUAUGUGGGCAUGUUUACUGCCACUACAUUUUUAUAUGUAUUGGGUUUAGGGUUUAACAGAAUCUUUCCUAGAGGAUUAGAUUUCUGCAAUCUGUUAAGGGGUGUGUGCUGAGAAGCUUGUAAUUGCAUCUGCACUCAUAUGCUCCACCCCUACCCAGCUGAUUUUAUACUGAAAUAUUGGAGCAAACCGUGCUACAGGGAUUGGAGUGUUCUGUCACAAUGAGAACCAUCUUAGGUGCCCUGGUGGUAGAUAUUCAAAUGCCCCAUUGAGCUGUUACCAAAUCCUCAGGGCACCCAUAUGUCUGCUGCCUGGCAUGCGUAGAGGUACGGAAGGGACCUCUGCCUGUUUUGUUGGCUAGCAGGGGCCAUCACGGUGGGCCUUUCUCAAACCAGUGAAGGGAGAUGAGCUUUUCCCAACAAUCUGCUCAUUGGAACGUUCCUCUAGAUUGUAAGAAAUGGGACUUUAAAUUCUUUUUUCUUCUUACGGGAACUUGGUCUUGUAUCUCCAGUGAAAGAUUCUGUUUUAAUUCCUAGGACAGUUGGAUGAGGUAGAAGCCUGGGCUUGAUAUAAAUAAUUUAUAGAAACUGGAACAAUUUCACCAGUGGAGUUUGAGAGUAAACCACAGCUGAGGUGUGGAGAUGGAUCUCUUUCACAAAGGAUGGAUCUGAACCCAAGUUGAACUACAAGGUUAUUCCAUCAAAAUCCACUUCUGCCUCAUGAAUUUUGUGAGAAAGUAAGUUGCAGGCUUAUGAUAUCAGAAAAGGCAUUCAAGGCCUGAAUGUCCCCAGCACAUCCAAACCUGGCACCCAACUCUCUCUCCUUUCCAGCUCCUGUGGCUAUCUCAGAAAGCUCCUCACUCAACUUACACUCCUGUGAGUUUCAGUUGCAAGCAUUUCAUUCUCACGUGCAUUGUAUGUGGAUACUAUGAGGCAGACGAAAAUGUGAGUUCUUUUCUACAUGCAGCUUUUAAAAUUUCUUUAUUUUUUUCCUUCUGAAAUCUUUUCUCUGUACAGUUACAGUAUCUUUCUCAUUAACUAGUUAAUGACUUAAAGAAAUACUGCUUUCAUAGGGCUCAAUCUCUAGUGCUUUGAGCUGUGUGGAGCUAUGUACACCUAAGCAAAGCAAUUGUAAUAGUUGGCCAGUCUAUUUUUACAUGAGUUGUCAUGCAAAUUCUUGGACGCUUUCUUAAUUUCAUUAGCAAUAGCAUCCCAUUGAAAUCUGUACUUCAAAUAGUAAUGCUAGGCACCCGUAGACGCUUCUGUGGGACCAGGACCUAUGAAAGGUCCAGGCCAUUCGAGUCAGGGCUGACAUUUCCAGAACCAUAUGUGUCUCUAUUUGUCUGCACAGCAGAGUGUCUGGGCAAUCCAUUUCUGUCUUCCCCUUCCUUUUCCUUUGCUCUUUCUCUCCUCUGUGACUCAGACUUGUGUGGUAAUUCCUUUAUCUUUUCAUAAGUAUGUACUCCAGCAAAGAUGCCCUUGCUACCAUGCUUAAGAACAGACAUCCUGGGAAUACAAGAGAUUUAUGAUGGUUUAAUUUGUUUCUACUUGGUUCAGGCUUGGAAAAAAGUCUAUGGACUUAGACCAGAUAUUUUUUUCCUAAAAAAAAAACAAAACAAAACAAAAUAAAACAACUGAGAAGGACAGUUUUGGCAGGUGGCAUUAAGAGCUGGGACCAGCAGACAGGGCUCACCAUUGUGAGCAAAGGUGUUGGUUCUUAUACAUCUCUGGUGAAGAUGGUGUUUGGGAUCCUAAGGAAUUUAACAGGGAUCUCUCAGUUGGUCGUGAGAGACCCCAGCAGAAGCUGCAAAUUGAGUGUGUGGUGAGUAACUGUAGGUAGAGUCAAGCCCUGGUUUUGUCCCUAACAAACCUACCAUCCAAGCUGUCUUUCUUACUUUGAAUGUGAUGGUGCCUGGGGCUGGCCUGGGUUGUGAUGUGCUGCAGGAACAGAGGUCAGGGAGCAUCUAGGGAGUAUUUGGGGUUUACAGGGAAGAGCAGGGCUGUCCUUGCAGCACCAGCACUCAGGUUAAUAUUAUUCUUCUCUUAUACAGGGACUGGCCUUUCUUCUCUAUAACAUGAGCUAGUACCUGCUGGAUGCUGCAGGCAUCCUACUUCCCUGCAGCAUCCUGCACUAAGGAGCAAUAAAGGAUCAGUGAGAUGUGCGGUGCUCCAGGAAAUACUGGCUUGAGGAGCCAUCUUGCUAAUGCCAUUUUAGGAGCUGUUCGUCAGGCCCUGUCCAGGGAAGUUGCUUCCAAGAUGAACUGAUAGCUUUUCUAAAUACACUUUCUAAAGUGUGUAAAUUCCUGAUCAGUUAAAACAAAGCUGAUCCUCCUGCAUUUGAUUCCUUCUUACAGUCUCAGUGAGCGUAGCAAGACUCUAGGGUUGAGAAAGAUGAGUAGGAUUUACCUUGAUGGGAAGAGUAUUUUAAAACAACAUAGAGCUAGUUAAGGAUGAUCUCCCUUAACUUUAUGUGCCAGGGCUGGAGGGCUUUGUUUCUCUGCUCCAGAGGACGGCCUCACGAGCAUCUUAAGACAUUAGGAAGAGCACAACUUCCCUGUUCCCGUUCAGUGCUGAAGAGGCACUGAGCCUCGCCUGCUGGUGGUGGCAUGCUACAUGCUCACAGGGUUCACCUGUAAGGGCUUACUGGCCAAAAAUAGGAAUUCAGAGUGAUGGGGAGGGCCAGUAAGAGUGAGUCAAACUUCUAAAAUGGUCCACAGGUAGUACAACAUUUGUAUAUGUAUAUUGUUUAAAAUAUACAUAUAUGCUUUUGUUUCAUGAAAAAGAUUGAUGAGCACAGUAUCUUCCGAACAGUGUAAGUUAAAUGGAAGUGAGAUUUAGCUAGGGUUCAGCAUGGGACAGAAGUGUCUGUGUUGCCAUCUUUUGUCUUUUCGUAGCACUGUUGUGGUUGUUUAUUUAAAGGAACAAAACUCUCACUUCCUUUCCUCCUACGAGACGGAAGUCUUGAAUCCUCGCUAAGGCAACCUAAGGUGUGGCUUGCUGCUCCGCUCUUCUUCCCUAUGCAGAGUUAGAGCAGUGUAGUGUCUGUAGAUACUGUGUUAGUUUUGAAAGACUCUGACAGAGAUGUUGUGCAAAAGAUAAGAGUAGUGUACUAAACUCUCAUUUUAGUUCCUGCCGCAGAUUUGGCCAUGUGUCUGUCCAUUUGAUGUUUUAUUAUGAAAACUAAAAAUCUCAAAUUAUAGUUUUUUUCUACAUAGUCAAGUGCUUGUAACCCAAAAAAGUGCAUUCUUACAGUGAGGCUUUAUUCAUGUAUGGUGAAAUCCCUAUCAAGAAAUUGUGGAGAUUUUUUACCACUGAAUGGAAACUACAAAGAAAAGAUUUUUUUUUUCCUAUGUAUCCUUUCUCAUGAAGUAUUUGGUCAAUGGAAUUCAGAGAUCAAGUAUCCUUCUUGUAUGUUUUCCUCUUUCAGUCUAUGAAUUGUUUAAAUGUUGUAAAUUAAUUCAAACAAUUAGUAAAAGCUAAACUCUCCAGCUGUCAGAGGUGCUGUAUAUUGAUUGAUACAGAACUGGAAAGGAGUAUAUUGUGACUUUUAAAAUGUAAAGCUUAUGAAAUGUUUAUACCUUCUUCCAUUUCCUAUAAAUGGAGACAAGAUGCAAACAAGACUGUUUGUGCCAAAGUUUGUGAUAGGCCCUCUCUCUGGCAAACAAGGCGUAUGUAUAAAUAGUGUGCUUUUAUAUUAAGAAAAUAGCUCAUGUAACUUAAUAGUGUUGUAACUGGGAGAGGGGUUUGAUAAACUGUAAAUA